GGUUAGCUGAUUGCAGAGCUGAUUGAACCCUGUGCUUCUCUGCAUCUCUUCUGAACAAAGACAACGCGGCACAUUGUGGAGGGGCGGCAUUCCAGCUUCUAAUUGCGUUGGGGACAACGGCUGGGUUACGGGCACUUUCUUGCCGGCUGCCUUCCACGGUGGUGCAUCGUCGUAGCAAAGUGGUCAAGGCGCCAUCAUGUUGCUCCUUUUUGAGACGCCCGCAGGGCACGCCCUGUUCAAGGUCCUAGACGAGGGCAAGCUUGACAAGGUCGAUGAUCUGUACAAGUCGUUUGAAACACCGGAGGCAGCUGCCAAGGUGGUCAAGCUGGCCGCAUUUGACAAGUUUGACAACACGGCGGCGGCGCUUGGCGCUGCAACGGCUCUGGUGGAGAGCAAGCUGAGCAAGGGCCUGCGCAAGUUCAUCAAGGAGCACUGCAAGGGCGAGACGCUCGCCAUCGCUGACUCCAAGCUGGGGAACAUCGUCAAAGAGAAGCUCAAUGUCAACUGCGUCCACAAUGCUGCCAUCAUGGAGCUGUUCCGUGGAAUUCGGUCGCAGCUCACGGAGCUGGUGGGCGGGUUGGGCGACCAGGACUUGGCGCCCAUGUCACUUGGGCUGUCCCACAGUCUCUCGCGCUACAAGCUCAAGUUCAGCCCUGAUAAGGUGGACACGAUGAUUGUGCAGGCGAUCGGGCUGCUGGACGACCUGGACAAGGAGCUGAACACGUACGCGAUGCGUGUGCGCGAGUGGUACGGCUGGCACUUCCCCGAGAUGGGCAAGGUGGUCGCCGACAACAUCCAGUACGCCAAGUCCGUCAAGUUCAUGGGCCUGCGCUCCAACGCCGCCGACCUUGACUUCUCGGGGAUCCUGGAAGAGGAGGUCGAGGCGUCCCUGAAGGAGGCCGCCGUGAUCUCCAUGGGCACGGAGAUCUCCCCGCAGGACCUUGCCAACAUCAUCAUGCUGUGCGACCAGGUCAUCUCGCUCUCCGAGUACCGCGCGCAGCUCUUCGACUACCUGCGCUCGCGCAUGAACGCGAUCGCGCCCAAUCUGACGGUCCUCGUCGGGGAGCUGGUCGGCGCGCGCCUGAUCGCGCACGCGGGGAGCUUGAUCCAGCUGGCCAAGCAGCCCGCGAGCACCGUGCAGAUCCUGGGCGCUGAGAAGGCGCUGUUCCGUGCUUUGAAGACGAAGCACGAGACGCCCAAGUACGGUUUGAUCUACCACGCGUCGCUGAUCGGGCAGGCCCCGCCCAAGUACAAGGGCAAGAUCUCGCGUAUCUUGGCGGCCAAGUGCGCGCUCUCUAUCAGGGUGGACGCGCUAGGGGAGUCGGCGGACGCCACGAUUGGGAUGGAGAACAGGCAAAAGGUGGAGACGAGGUUGCGGCAGCUUGAGGGCAAGGCCGGCGGAAGGGUGACUAUUGGCAAUAAGUCUGCGUCCAAGUACGAUGCCGAGAGGAAGCCCGACGCGCCGGCGCUCCUGACGGCAGCAAAGACGUACAACCCCGCCGCCGAUAGCACGCUAGCCGCCUCGACGCAAAAGCCGGACACUGACGGCAAGAAGAAGAAAAAGAAGAAGGACGCUUCCGCAGACGAAGGGGACGCGGCAGAGGCCGAGGUGCCGAAAAAGAAGAAAGCGAAGCAAGAGCCGGAGGAAGAAGAGGCGGUUGCGGGUCCGUCAGAGAACGGCGAGAAGAAGAAAAAGAAAAAGAAGGAGCGAUACUUCGAGACGAACGGAGAGGCGGAAGCGGAGGUUUCGGAAGAGCCGAGUAAGAAGAAGAAGAAGCGGAAGGCGGAGAGCGAAGAGGGAGAGGCACCGAGUGAAGUGUCGGAGAAGAAGAAGAAGAAAAAGAAGAAGGAUGCGGAAGAGGCCUAGAGACGGGGGACUCAGUUGCGUGCUCGGUAGAUUAGGCUAACAGGAGUCCCUUACUUAGACAAGGGACUGCAAACGUGUAACGGGGAAGCAAGUCUCAGUCUAGAAGGUAGAAGUACUUGUGCGGAAGAUUGGAACGUCGAACAUCGACGAGGUUGCGUCUUACACCAGUCGGACAGCUUGUAGCCAAACGAACGAGCUGUUCUCCCUAUCUGCGCAAUUUGGAGCUGUGUUUGUUCUCGGUACUGUCUCUUACACCUUUGAAAGGAGCCUUGCAAAGAAGCCUGUUCUCGCCGGACAUCCUAGAUUUGCCGCAGGCCAUUGGCGGUUACCAUUUACAAGUGCAGCGCCAGCUAGCAUGCAACGUGACCAUCUACGGGCGCAGUUGGCCGUGGCUGCAGGCAGUAGUCAGUCCGGCCGCG